AUGGAUGCGGAAGAGCAUGUGAAUGAUGUUCCUUCUUCCGUGGGAAUUUCUGGUUCUGAAGGUGAAAACAACAGUGUCAAGAACGUGGAAAUAAGUGAUUCUGUGGAUGAGGAGAAUAAGCUGGAAGGUGAUAAUAAUUUGUUGAAAGAAAAGAAGGAUUUGGAAUUGCAAGUGGAUUUGGAGUUGGCCGAGACGGUUGUGAAAUCGGAGGUGGGAGUAAGCAAAACAGUGCAUGCUGCUGAGACUGUUAGCCUUUCUGUUAAAGAUGACAGUCCCAAUGGAAACAUUGAGAUCGGUAGAAGAGCUGUUUCAGGUGUUAAAAGAGCCCGGAUUACUGUUGACGAUGAACAUGAACGUCAGCCUUCCGUUCAUUUUAGUUACAAGUCCCUGACAAGAGCUAGUAAAAAGAAGCUUGAGGAAUUACUGCAGCAAUGGUCCCACUGGCAUGCUAAACAUGUUUCCUCAUCCAACGAUCCUAGCGAAAUGUUGGAAUCUGGUGAGGAAACGUUUUUUCCUGCUUUGUGUGUUGGACAUGAAUCGACAUCUUCUGUGUCGUUCUGGAUGGAGAAUCAGACAAUGAAUGGUGGUAACACAGAUGUUAGUCCUAUAGAUGAUAGUUCAGUGCCUCUAUAUGAUCGCGGAUAUGCUUUGGGAUUGAUUUCAGCUGAUGUUUCAAAUAAUGCAGACAGUGGGCUGGAAAUCAUAGAUGCUCCUUCCAGGUGUUUCAAUUGUGGUUCAUACAGUCACGCUUUAAGUAAAUGUCCAAGGCCUCGUGACCACACCGCUGUCAGUAAUGCUCGCGGUAAACUUAAAUCCCGACGGAACCAAAAUUCUUCUCGUAAUCCUACUCGGUAUUAUCAGAAUUCUCGGGCUGGAAAGUAUGAAGGUUUGAGGCCAGGCGUUCUUGAUGAUGCCACACGUCAACUCUUGGGCUUAGGGGAACUUGAUCCACCUCCAUGGCUUAACAGAAUGCGAGAACUAGGAUACCCACCAGGAUAUCUUGAUGCGGAUGAUGAGGAUCAGCCUUCUGGCAUAAUGAUAUUCACUGAUACGGACAUGGCAGAACAUGAAGAUGGUGAAAUCCCUGGAGCAGAUUCUUCAAAGCCAAAGCUGAAAAUGAGUGUUGAAUUUCCAGGAAUAAAUGCUCCUAUUCCAGAAAAAGCCGAUGAAAGAUUGUGGGCUGCUAGAGCUGUAGUACCCUCAUUCUCGUCAGAUAUAUCAAGGAACUGGUCACAGCAGAGAUCAUCGAGUUUUGGUAGCCGAGGACAUCAUUGGGAGCAGAGGAUAGGCGACUUAAGGGAUGAUGGUCCUCCAGGAGACCCUGGCCUCAGCUCAUCACAAUUUAGUUUUCAACCUAGGUUUGGUAGUGGCCAUGUUUCUCCGAAUUCAAUGGCAGAACGGAGUAGUAGAAGAAAUCCUUUGCAUGAAGAAGAGCCACCAAAGCCUUUUUCAUUCCAUUCUCAGUAUUAUUCAACCCCGGAGAGGCAUUUUUCUCCAUUAGAACGAGAUUCUGGUAGCAGACAUGGAAGCCGGAGUGCUGGUAGCUUGUAUGACAGAGAUAGAGACAGAGAUCUUUCAUCUCGAUUUAACGAUAGGCGUCCGGAUGACCGUCAUUAUCAUAGUCGUAGGUGA